AUGAAUGAAAGAAGAAAGUUAGGAAAGAAGUAUAUCUAUCUAUCUAUCUAUCUAUCUAUCUAUCUAUCUAUCUAUCUAUCUAUCUAUCUAUCUCAGUCUGUUCAUAUCCCAUCUAUCUAUCUAUCUAUCUAUCUAUCUAUCUAUCUAUCUAUCUAUCAUAUCCCAUCUAUCUAUCUAUCUCAGUCUGUUCAUAUCCUAUCUAUCUAUCUAUCUAUCUAUCUAUCUAUCUAUCUAUCUAUCUAUCUAUCUAUCUCAGUCUGUUUCAUAUCCUAUCUAUCUAUCUAUCUAUCUAUUUCUAUCUAUCUAUCUAUCUAUCUAUCUAUCUAUCUAUCUAUCUAUCCCAAAUUAAAUAUGAACGGACAUAAACUGAUCAAGAAAGAAGGAAUGAAUGAAAGAAGAAAGUUAGGAAAGAAGUCUAUCUAUCUAUCUAUCUAUCUAUCUAUCUAUCUAUCUAUCUAUCUAUCUAUCUAUCUCAGUCUGUUCAUAUCCUAUCUAUCUAUCUAUCUAUCUAUCUAUCUAUCUAUCUAUCUAUCUAUCUAUCUAUCUAUGUCCAAUAUCUCAUUCUUAUUUAUUCCUUUACUUUCUUUCUGUCUAUAUUUCUUUCUUUCUUUCUUUCUCAAAUUUAAUUUCCUUCCUUUUUGUCCUUCUCCCAUUUUCUUCCUUUCCUUUUUCUUUCUUUCUUUCUUUCUUUCUUUCUUUCUUUCUUUCUUUCUUUCUUUCUUUAAUUUUGCUUUAAUUUUGCUUUCUUUUUCUUUAUAUAUUCUUUCUUUUUUCUUUUCUUUCUUUCUUUCUUUCUUUAAUUUUGCUUUUUUCUUUAUAUAUUCUUUUUUCGUUUUUCUUUUCUUUCUUUUUCUUUUUUCUUUCUUUCUUUACUUUUUCCUUCUUUUUCUUUCUUCGUGUAUGUCUUUUCUAUUAUGA